CUGAGAAAGUCCCUAAUUCCCAUAAGCUUUACUUUCGAUAAAGUCGAAAGACCGGAACUUUUCAAGCUAAAUCUUAUUCUCCUCUCCGUAGAAUCUGCCAUGGAAGCUCUCUCUACUUCAGCAUACAUCUCUAAUUUACCGGAAACAAAGCCACUCCUCAAAUCUUCCUUGCUACGCGCUUCAUCCCAGUCUUCGUGUUGGUCGUGUAAUUCGCCAUCCAAGCGAUUCCCCAAGCUGAGAAUCAGAGAUGGAUCAAGUCAUGGGCUUCGGAUACAAGCUCUCUUACAUAACGAGACACCAAGUGAAGGUGAAGAUAAUAUCGCUGAAAGUAGUGGGUUUGGCUUUUUUCCCGGGGAUAUCUUCUCUUUAUCACAGGAAAAGCUUGGGAGUAAUCACAACGGUGAAACUUCUCAUAGUGUAAUUGAUGUGGAGUCAUCUCUUGCACUUCCUCAGGGUGCUGGGAAUAGUGGGGGAAAUCGUGCAGGGCUUUUUCGAACUCCAAUAUCUGGUGGAGUUCAAAAUGCAACAUCAGCUCAUGCGUUACCUCGUCCUGCUUUAGCUGUACGGAACUUGCUCGAGCAGGCUAGGUUUGCUCAUCUAUGCACAGUGAUGUCUAAAAUGCACCACCGCAGAGAAGGGUACCCAUUUGGCUCUUUGGUUGAUUUUGCACCUGAUCGGAUGGGGCAUCCGAUAUUUUUAUUCUCACCGUUGGCCAUCCACACACGAAAUCUCUUGGCUGAACCAAGAUGCAGUCUCGUUGUUCAGAUACCUGGAUGGAGUGGCUUAUCGAAUGCGAGAGUGACAUUAUUUGGUGAUGUGUACCCAUUGUCAGAAGAUGAACAGGAGUGGGCUCAUAAGCAAUAUAUUGCAAAGCACCAGCACGGGCCUUCCGAGCAGUGGGGAAACUUUCACUAUUUUAGAAUGCAGAACAUAAGUGAUAUAUAUUUUAUCGGAGGCUUUGGCACUGUCGCUUGGGUUGAUGUCAAAGAGUAUGAAGCUUUACAGCCAGAUAAAAUAGCUGUGGAUGGUGGUGAGCAGAACCUCAAGGAACUGAAUGCCAUCUUCUCGAAGCCGCUUAGAGAGCUACUUUCUAGUGAAACAGAGGUAGACGACGCUGCUCUCAUUUCUAUAGAUAGCAAAGGGAUAGAUGUACGGGUUCGUCAAGGUGCUCAGUUCAGCAUUCAAAGGCUAGCAUUUGAGGAAGGUCAUGGUGUUGAAACGCUAGAAGAAGCUAAAUCUGCGCUAUGGAAAGUGAUAGAGAAGGUGAAACCGAACUAUUUCCAGAAAUGACCAAGAUCUGGAAUUUGCAGAAAUGACGACGAAUCCCCUUUCCUCUAGAGGGGUCUUUAAAUUAGUAGGACGACAGUUAAAAUUUUAAGUUUUGUUGCUCUUUUCCUCUUUUUUGACUAGCUGAAAUUUUGUAGUUUCUAUGUUUUGCCCUCCUUUCUGUUGAGCAACAAAAUGGGGUACCACGUCAAUCUUGGAAAUAUGGGAUUGAAGUCUGAGUUUCUGGGCGUUACUGAUAUUUCUAUAUUACCAAAGCCGUUUAUUAUCGUUACACUCUACAUAUAGUCGAAAUUGGAAAAAUGCCGAGAGG